UUCCAGCAGGCGAACUGAAGGUGUUUUGGUGAAUGUGGCUUCACGUGGAUAAAGGGUGCGGUUCGUGGAUAUUUGCUGUUGUUCUUUAACCCGGUGUAUGAAGGCGUGUCCCUCCAAGCUCCUCCCCCUCUGUGAUGUCACUGGUGGAGCCUUCCUCCUCUGUCUCCUCUCCUGGUAAAAACUGUGCCCUCUGUUUUGGCUUGUAGGCUAACACAGGAACAGGAAGGGUUUUGUCCCGCUCAGGAUUUGUUGUAAGCCGUCAGGUUUUCCGGGAGCUCAGAACUAUGAUAAAUGGCUCUUUUAAGCUGGGAGCUGCUCGAGUUCUGUCUGGCUGGCAGAUGCAGUGCCUAGUCCCCGGCUUCCAGGACAACGCCAACAUGAACGGGACGUCCGAGCAGGCCGACAUCCUGCCGCCCAACUGCAUGGUCAAAGACCGUUGGAAAGUGCUGAAGAAGAUCGGUGGAGGCGGGUUCGGGGAGAUCUACGAGGCCUUGGACCUGCUGACGCGGGAGAACGUGGCGCUGAAGGUGGAGUCGGCCCAGCAGCCCAAACAGGUGCUGAAGAUGGAGGUGGCGGUGCUGAAGAAGCUGCAGGGUAAAAACCACGUCUGUAAGUUUAUUGGCUGCGGGAGAAACGACAAAUUCAACUACGUGGUGAUGCAGCUUCAGGGGCGUAACCUUGCCGAUCUGCGGAGGAGUCAGCCCAGAGGCACCUUCACCAUGAGCACCACCCUGCGGCUUGGGAAGCAGAUCCUGGAGUCCAUCGAGGCCAUCCACUCUGUGGGCUUCCUGCACCGAGACAUCAAACCGUCGAACUUUGCGAUGGGCCGGCUUCCCUCCACGUACAGGAAGUGCUACAUGCUGGACUUCGGUCUGGCGCGGCAAUACACAAACACCACCGGAGAGGUCCGGCCGCCGAGGACUGUGGCGGGUUUCAGAGGGACGGUUCGCUACGCUUCGGUCAACGCUCAUAAAAACAAAGAAAUGGGUCGCCAUGACGACCUGUGGUCAUUAUUUUACAUGUUGGUGGAGUUCGCCGUUGGACAGUUGCCAUGGCGAAAAAUCAAAGAUAAGGUGUUGUCACCCACGGAGCAGAGCAUCCCAUCUCCGACUUCCCCAGACUAUCGGACGAAGAGCCAGAACGACGAGAAGGAGCAUUUCCACAUCCUUCCUCAGCUCCAGGUCAAGAGGGCAGACUUCCUCACCGUUAUUCUCACCGGUACUUUGCCUCAGCGCCGGAGCUUUGCCACGCCAGAAGAGGAAGUCGAAGAAACUCCUGGGCCAAAGGAUGACGACGUCACAAAGAGUGAGUCGAACAGCGAGGCCAGUCAGAAGAGCACUGAGCGAAGCCAGGAUGCCGCGCCUUCGACACUUAUGGCCGAGGACCAGAGGGGCCAAAGGGAGCACGCUUCGGCCGCCGAUGCUGACCCUGACAUGGAGGACGCUUCCAAAACCCUGGUCCUCUUCUCUCCCGGAGACACUCGUAAGUCUCCCUCUGGGUGUGAUCAUGCUCUGGAGGGAGAGCUGGCCACACCGUGUGCUCUCAGUGCCGACCGCCUCAUUGUCGGGGAGGCGAUUCAGCCCGAACCCUCCGAGACCGGACGCUUGUCGCCUGCUCUCAGGUCAGACUUAAGGCCUUCCACUCCCAUCGCUCCUGCAUCGCCGCCCUUCACCAAAGUCGAGCGCACUUUCAUCCAUAUUGCAGAGACAUCACACCUCAAUGUCAUGUCUUCCAAUGGUCACUCUUCCAAGGAAAGUGACCGGGAAGUCUUGGCUAUCAUGAAGGCAUCGGCCAUAGAGGAUGAGCAAGAGGGAGCACCUAUGACAGAAGAGCUUCUGGAUGAGGCUGUGCCAGAACAAUCUGCACCGGUUGACAAACAACGCAACACUGAUAAUGGUCCGUUGACAAUCCCGGCCCAGUCUUUGGAACCGGUCCCAGAAGCCAUGUCUCUAUCUCUUGCAGAUCUACCACAGGAGCCUCAGAAACAGCCAUUGUCCAGUGAAGACGAUGCCAAGCUUCCGUCAACCGGAUCAGAACUCCCGCCCGCCACAAAACCCAGAAUCCGAAGCCGAAUCCCAAUACUUGUAUCGGAAGAGGACUCAGGCUCAGAGCAGUCCUCCUCCCUCUCAGCUCGGGCUCGGCUGCAGCAGAGAGCCCGGCAGCUGGACUUAGCCCGAAUUCUGGUCCAGAAGCAACAGGGUCGCUGGAUGAGGAGGAGGAUGCUAUCCGGGACGUCCUCGUCCUUGUCCUCCGGGGACGAUGAGCGUCGGAGGGUUUCGGAGACUCUGUCCACCGCCGGCUCAGAGGAAGACACGCAUACCUCGGACGAGUCCAAGAGGAGCUCCCGUCUCAAAACGACUGAAGAGCAAGGCUCCAAGGAGUGCAGGAGCAGGAUCCCCAGACCUGUUACCCCCAUAAAGAGGCCGUCAGCUGUUGGCCUCGCUGCUCCUUCUCCUCUCUCCCUACCAGACUCCAGCUCUAUCAAAGGAGCAGCGUCCUUCACUAACGGGAAUCAGAAAAUUGGACUAAGCACUCUCAGCACUCAACGGAAAUCUAAACCCAUGUCGCCCAGGUCGUCCUCCUUGUGUCCCCGUCCGUCUGCAGGAACCUCAGGCAGCCCUCGGAUGCCGCUUCGAGUCCUGUUCGGCACCCGACGCAGCCUUAGCUCAAACCACUGCAGGACUGACAGCCCGUCCCCUCAGAGAGUUUGUCCGUCCAGGCAGCCCCUCUCGGUUCGAGCCCCGACCGUCCCCGUGCUCCCGCCCAGGACUACAACCACCAUGCGGCGCAGCGCCUCGCAGGACACCACCGGACAGACCUCCUCCUCCGGCACCGUGCCCGCCAGAACCAGGCCGAAACCAACCACCAAGGGGAAGCUGAACGCCAGGGAGAAGGUGGCGCCUGCUAGAUAAUACAAAGAGACUCACAGCUGAAACAUGUUUGUGUAUAAUCAGUCUUCGGACAAGCAACGCCUCAAAGGUUCUCACCUGAUUCCAUAUUAAACUGUGAUGCUACGAUCACUUCAUUUCAUUUAAAAGUACACUUGUUUUUUUCCCAAGGACAGCUUACUGAACUAUCUUCAUGGGCUUCCAGUAAUAUUCACUAACUGUUGUACAGGAGCGUGGCUGCCAUGGUGCUAUGGAUAUGUCUUCUGCUCCCUUGUUCAAAACCCUGAUUUAACUGGUUUCUGGAGCUGGGAAUCAUUGCUUCCAACAGGACCAGUUUCAGAAACUCUUCAUUUACACAGUACUCCCAGCUUGUCCACGGCUAUACUACUCUUCUAUUGACAGUACCCAGCUUGGUUCACAUUGCAUGGUGAAGUAUAUCACAAAUACAUUCAAUCUGUAGACGGAAAACGAAAAUGUGUACCCUUAAACUAUUUGAUAUAGUGCUUCCCUUCCUAUUGGGGUAAACUGGCAAAAAAAGAGACCAAAUUGGACUGGUUUGAAUGCCUAAAUAAUGUUAAUGUGAUUAUAGAUUCCUAAAUAUAUCCUGUACUCAUUAUGAUCUUGGAUAAAGAGAAGAGUUUGAUGUGAACACAAAAUAAAUAGCUCGGCCGCUCGCCUCCUCCUCAUGGUGUGACAAUGGGCAUGCUUUAAUCAUUCUAUUUUCUGGAUGUUUUUAUUUUUAUUUAUGCUCUGAAUUGUAUAUAAUAGAAUCAUUUCCCAUAAAGACAUCUUUAUUUUUUAUCUUGCCAAGCAAAGUGUACAUUUCAAGUCUUUAAUUAAACCUUCUGUUCCAAUGUGUUGGCACUAUGCCCGUUUUUUACGCAUGAGAAAAACAGGGUUAACCAUGAGAGGAAAUUAUACCUGCUUGGAUUCUGCUGACAGUGCAAAGGUUUGCUGGAUGUUGGAGCCCAUGUUGUGUUGUACGGGGUUGAUGGGCACUGAGCUGUGAAGUAAAGUCUUGGUCAUGUGGAUGGA